AUGGCGAAUCUUUCUAAACGUGAAUUUGUUGCCUUGAAUAUAUCUGGCAAAAGCUACCUGUACACCAUCAAAGAUAAAUAUCAGGCAUCAAAUCAAAACCGUGGCAAGGCAAUGAUAUUCCUCUGCCAUCACCUUGAAGAGAGCUUGAAAAUGGAAUAUCUCACUGUUAAAGAUCUUCAUUUUAAAUCUAACUGUGCGUAUAAUUCCGCCAUGUUUAAAAUUAUUUCUCAGUUGAAAUUAUAUAGUGAAAAUAUCACUGAUCAUGAUAUGCUGGAGAAAAUAUUCUCCACUUUUCCUGCCUCGAGUAUGCUCAUGCAGCAGCAAUACCGAGAAAUGAGGUUCAAGAAAUAUUCUGAACUAAUUUCACAUCUUCUAGUGGCUGAACAACAUAAUGAACUAUUAAUGAAAAAUCAUGAAAGCCGACCUACUGGUAUUGUCCCAUUCCCUGAAGUAAAUGAAGCAAAUUUUCACCAUUCUAAGCGUGGAAGAGGUCGUGGCCCCAGUUGUGGUCAUGGUCGUGGUCGAGGAAGAAAUUUUAAUCAUGAUUCUCGUCUUGCACCAAAUAAUACCCUUCACCACCAGCAGUGUAAAAAGAAGGAUGAAAAGCAUGAAGUUGUGCAAAAGAAAGAUUCAGAAAAUAAAUGUUACCGAUGUGGAGGAAAGAGGCACCACUGA